CCUCUCAACAGGUAUUAACCCACAUGCAUGUGCUGAUGUGAGAAAUACGAUCAAAAUAUAAUUUACACUGGUGUUUACCAAGGUUAAACAAAUGAAGCUCUUGUGGUAGUACAAUCAUACAACACAGAGAGGACACUUGGAAAGGUGCAUAAAACCACAAAUUGGACAAUACUUUGAAAACCCAUCAUGUCAUCUCCAGUAGAUGAAAAUACACUGGAUAACUUUCUUCGUUGUAAGCUAUGUGAGAAAUAUCUAGAUGACCCUAAACUGCUUGUGUGUCUACAUUCAUUCUGUCUCAAAUGUAUUGUGGAAUACACAGAAAAUAACCCUGCCGAAGAAGGAAAAAUAUGCUGUCCGGAGUGCAAAACCGAGAUCGAAACAUCCGGGGAUUUGAGCAACCUGCCAGUGAACACACUUGCGGUUCAUAUGCAGGAAAACACCCAUGUGAAGCGUUUGAACGAGACUCUAUGUACGAACUGUAAACUGGAUAACUAUGAGGUUCAUGCAAGUGCGCGUUGUAUGGACUGUAAUGAAUAUGUGUGCCAUGAAUGCCUCAAGGCACAUCAACGUGUACGGCUCACCCGAGAGCACAACGUCGUAAGCAUUGCUGACCUACAGAGUGGGAAAUAUGACACAACCCAGCUGCAAAGCACGCCACUAACCUUGUGUUCCACACAUAACGAGCCUAUUAAAAUGUUCUGCGGCAAAUGCAACCAAGCAUUAUGUGUUGUAUGUUAUGCUACAGAACACAAUACACAUCCAUGCAAGAACAUUGCUGAUGUAAUGACUAACUACAUGGAUGCUGUCGCUAAAACCCUCGACCAAGUACAGGGCAAGAUUGCUGGUAUAACAGAGUCUGUUUUGGUUGUGGACAAAUAUGAGCAUGACUUUGAGAAAAAAGUCGCCCAAGCGCAAAAGGGAAUUGAUGACCGCAAAGCACAGAUGACACAACUCAUCAACAAAUUUUCUGAGAUGCAAUUCCAAAAAUUACAAGAUGUCUAUGAGAAAGAACAAAAGUUUAUUCAACAGAAAAGAAAUAAACUGAACCAGCAUGUUAUGUCACUUGAAAACACAUGCAAGUUUGCCGAGAAUCUGAUCUACUAUGGCAAGGGUGCAGAUAACAUGAUCGUUGGGAAAAUGGUCCAAAAUCGUCUGGAAGGCCUCCAUGGGAAACAUCUAGGAGAGAAGUUAGAUCGCACCGUCAGUGUCUCAUUCCAGGUCACAGAGGUAAACAACUUCGAUCAGCUCUUCGGAAGCAUAAAGCAUGCCAUUGUCAACAAGAAAGCUCCUAAAAUGCCACCAUCUACACCCUCCAUGCAACGACGUAACCGCUCUGGCUCAGAUCCUCAGGAGGGUAAGCCAGAUAAAAAUGCAAGUUUUUCGCGUGUGGGCUCAAUGAGAGCAAGACCAGUUAAAGCAGAACAUGAUGUGAAAACAACCAAUGGGCACGCAGAGUGAGACACUCAAUGAAGGAUAAUAUCACUUUGCAGUGAGGGAUAAUGAAUUUUAAUAUAUCACUGUCAUAUUCCACACUCUCUGAUUGGUUCAUGUCCUACACGUGAUUAAAAAAUAAUAAGCAAAUAUUUCAUUCUAUCGAGGGCAAUCAAUACCUGUUCAUCUUUCAAUGAUUUUUGCAGUAUGUAUU